AUGCAAGGAGCUGCGCAAUCUCUGAGAGCCAGGAAGGCUGCUGAAAAGAAAGCGGCUAAGGAAAAAGCCGUUUUGGAGGCAAACUUCAGACCUCCUACUCCUCCCGAGGCCAGUCUUGAAGUCGUCGGCGUCGAGGCGACCAAUGAAGCUCGGGAUAUGGUUUCGAUCAUGCCCGAGGCGGCUGAGCGAAUCUCUCCUGUGACCAAUAUUCCCGAGGUGGUAGGGACCUCGGCUAUUGUCGCUCUUGGUGCCGAGGCGAAAGCUAAGGCGAAGGUUAAGAGGCCCCGAGGUGAUAGCUCGGGAGGUCGUAGGAAAGAGAAAAGGAGUCGCACCGAGGCUCCCAUCUACAAAGAUAAGACGGCAUCUGCUAAUCUUAUCGCUUCUUGCUCGGGUCCGACCCUAGCUGCGCCCGAGGCCUUGCUGGAGGCUGAAAAUUACCGCGAAACUGCUGCGGGAUUCCUGAAGGCUUUCCAUUCGAUGAACCGCAUGGUUCGAGCCUACGACUCCUCGAACCGUAGAUAUGAGACUUCCCGAGCCGAGGCGGAGGUCAGAAUUGCUGGGGCCGAUGCCAAGAUGGCCGAGGCAGAGGCCAAGAUUGCCGAGGCGGCGACUAAGGUUGCCGAGGCGGAUGAGGCCAGGCGGGAAGCCGAAGCGUUGGCUAAGGCAGAGAAGGUCGAGCGAUUAAAGGUGGCUGAGGACGGUCUUCGUCUUCGUCGGAAGAUGGAAGCCGAAAUCGAACGCUUGAACCGACUAUUCUCCGAGGAGAAAUCGCUUCGGGAGAAGGAGGUACGUCGGGAGAGGAAAAAGGCUAGGAAGGAGUUCGCCAAGAAGGUCAAGGCGAUAGAAGCGAAGAUGGACCUGUAUGGGAAGGCGUCCGAGCGCUACAUGUUCCUCGUCCAGGCCAGAGCUAACGCUGAAUUGAUCGCCGACCUUGAAGGCGGCAAAAAUGUCGAGGAUGAGAAGGAGGAAGUUCUCCAGUGGAAAGCUGAGUAUGGAGAUGCCGAGGAGGAGUUUGUGCGGAUCGGAACCGAGCUGCGAGAGGAUCUGAGGCUUCCUCCGGCUUCCCCGGAUUCUGUUGAAGAUAAUUUCGGAAACAGGUCAAUCGAAGGGGUUGCCGCGGAAAUUGGUAUUAGGGAUCAGGCCGGCACGAAUCUGAGCUCCGAAGUCGCACAUGUUCCGGAGGAGCGGGAUGAGUAG